AAAAAUGACAAACACCUUGGCGCAAACAUCUUGAACUUCAGACUCCCCGUACAACCUUUCAGUUCUUCCACUUCCUUCGUACAGAGCUCGGUUUCGUUUUCUCCUUCAACAACAGCCACCAGAGAGUAGCAUUCUUCCAUCUCCUUCCUUUACCAUGUCUAAACGUCCUACUAUUUCUUUAGAGAAAAGUCAAGCAAGUGGGAUAGUUGUACAGGCAUCAGUUGUUACGCAUGUGUCUGAAGCAGAAUAUGAUAUUCAGGUCCCUUCCUUGUCUCCAUUAGUUGACGACUCAAGUUUUCCCACAAUGAAGAUAACUAUAAGGAACGCAUUGAAGGCUUUUCAAAAGAUAAUGAAAAAAUGGCUUAAAGAAUUUCCAGAGAUAAUGUAUGCAUUUAGAAGAUGUGUUUUUGGUGCAUAUUUGGAUAUUAAUUUCAUCCCUGUUCCAUCAUUGUUGUGGCCAAUGUUGUCCAAAAUAGCCACAAUUGAAAGGAAUUUGGGUGCUUGGUUUGCCGUGAAUGGAGUGCCAAUCCGCUACUCUAUCACAGAGUUUGCUUUGAUUAGUGGGCUUAACUGUAGCUCCCUUGAUGUGGAGAGUUAUGAAGAGAAUUGUGAUGAGGAUGCGAAAUCUGAAUUCAUUGAGAAACACUUUGAUGGAAUUGUAAGCUAUGACGCAGUUCAAGAAAGAUUUGUGCAAUUAUGCAAAAAUUUGAAGCACACAGAUGAAGCUUUGAAAAAGGAAGCUCAUGAAGAAGUGUUGAGACUAGCAAAGCUCAUGUUUGUAGUCAUGGUUCUUCUAGCUCCUUCAAAGAGAAAAGCUUCCAUUCCGGAAUGGAUAAUUGAAAAAAUAGGGGCAAAAAAAGAAGAAGACUUUCCAUGGGGUACGUGGGCGUUUAGAGAAUCCUUGGUUUCAUUGAGAAAGAAUUUGGAUGCAAAGCUUAAAGGAAUCCAUAAUAAUGAUAUGUCACCAACAUUAAAUUACACAGGAUUUUUAAUCCCCAUAUCGAUAUUGCUUAUGGAAUGCGCCCCCGAUUUUGCUCAAAAGUUUGCCGUUAGAACGUCUCAAAGUAUUCCUGUUAGGCCACGGUUAUGUUUGUGGACGCACAAGACAAAAACAAAAAUCUUUAACAGACAUGUUAAAGAAGCUGUGGAAUCAACAAAAAGGGUGCAAAGUAUACUCCUACCUGACUCUAUGGAGGUUGGUUCUACUUGGAUGAUGAACUUAAGGCACAUAGAAGAUACUCACUCGAGUGCCGAGCUGGAUAGAUAUGUCAAAGCAUUAGAGCAAAAUUUAAUCUCUAUUCCAGUCUCCUGCAAAAGGAAGUUAAGUGAGGUGAAGGAUCAUGCCAAGGAGAAACGGUCUUCUAAAAAGGUGAAGGUGUUAAGGAAGAAAAUUGAUAAGGUGGAGAGGAAGAAGAAAGAUGAAGAAUGUGAAAGAAAUCAAGUUUCUCCCACUCAAACUGAGACCACACAGACUUCUACUGCAUCUCCUCAUGCCGCACACAUGCCUUUCUCUCCGUUUCAUCACACUAAAGAGGCAUCUAUGUCCACUCAGUUUCCUGUUAAUGAAAAUUCUGUACAAUCAUAUAUUGAUAAAAAAUGUGAAGAGGAGAAAGAGGAAAAUGUUGAGGAUGAGGCUGUUAAUGAGUAUCAAGAGCAAGAGGUUGAACUUGGUGUUCAACAAGAUGCUGCAGCCCUGAUUAAGGUGGUUCUACAAGAUGUUAAUAUGGAGGAGGGUGAGGAAGUAGCAGGGGAGAAUAAUAAUGUGUCACAAGAAAAAAAAGAUGUAAAUUACUUUAUGUUCGUCGUUCGACCAAAAAAAAUAUGUCAAAAUGAACCAUAUUCUGAAAUUGAGGAGAUUGAAGAGGCAUCAGAUCAAAUUAAUGAGUUAGCACAAGAAAGAGAGAUUAACAUUGUUAAUGUCACUACUCUUAGUGAUGAGGUUUAUGUGGAAAAGAGUGAAGAUGAUACAAAGCAAUGCGAUGAGCAGGUUAAAAAUAUAAAUGCCUUAAUCCAGAGUGAUGAGGCUUUACAGCAUGCUAUUGAUUCUUCUUCUGCUGUUAUUGAUCCUGUUGAAUCUGUGUACUCCCGGGUUCAAUCUGUUCUCAAGUCACUACCCAAGUCAAUGUCCAGCUUAGGAUCCGGUGCUAUUCCAUGUGAAGUUCGUUUGUUUAAAGACAAUGCAACUUCUGCAAAAGAAAUCUUUGACAAGCUGAAAGCAUACCCUUUGGAGGACUUGGCUGAUCCACAGCAUGAAGCUGCAAUGUUGGAGUCACUCUCCAUACUCGCUAACAAUCUUUCUUUGUUCAGCAAUGGGCAGGCUGAAGAGAUUUUGAGCUUGAGUGAUUCUUUUCCUCAGAUGAUGAGGGAAUGGAGGGAAUUGAGUAAAAUAAAGGGGGUCAGUGAGCAUCUUUGGACUACUUUUGAGAAGACGAAGCGCUUGCUGGAGGAUUUAGUGAAAACGGAUGAAGGGAUAAAGAGUAAAGUGGAGGGGCUAGUUAGGAGGGAAAAGGAAUUGAAAGCUGAGCUCGAAAAAAUAGAAAGCGAUAUUCGGCAACUAAAGGUGGAAAGAGGAGAAGUGUCGAAACAGACUAAGAAAGUGUGUGAUCUUGUUGAGGAGCAGGCUUGCACUAUUGAAGGAAGAGAGGCUGAGGUGGAUGGCGCCAACAAAAAGAUGGAGAGUUUGAAGUCCAAAUGGGAUGCAAUGAGACUUCAUCUUGUUGCUUGAAAAGAAAAUAAAAUCUUGGUGGUGUCUAGCUACUAAGUUGUAGGCUCGUUUAGACCUAAUUAUGUGUAUAAGUGUGGUUUAAAAUCUAUUGUCUGUACAAACAUAAGAGAUAGUCUUGUCUAUAUCUUUGUACAAACAUAAGAGAUAGUCUUGUCUAUAUCUUUGAUUCUCUUGGUGCAUUGGGAAGUGUGAUACAAAUGGUCAGUACAUGAUUUCAAGACUCAAUUUUAUGUACUGGAUGUUAACCUUAUUACGUAAGUUCAUUAACCAUUUGAAGUGAAUCUAUGAAGAAUGCUGUUCUCUG